CGUUGGUGACUGCAGGCUCGGCAUCUCUGUACGUCGGUUGUUGGUGUUGGUAUAGGGCAGUAUGUGAAGUCCAAAAACCACAGCUACUAAGAAACAGGGUGGCUAUUAGCUGUCCUGCCACUGCGGCCUGACUCUUCCCCAAUAAGGCAGCCACGGUGGGCUCAACCACACACUGUGUUUGCUUGUCAAUGUGACAGAGCGCUACGUCUCAACCAGGAUGGGUCAGGACAGGGGGAAGUAUGACUUUUACAUCGGCCUGGGACUGGCCAUCAGCUCGAGUAUCUUCAUCGGCGGCAGCUUUAUCUUGAAGAAAAAAGGGCUGUUGCGGCUGGCACGGAAGGGAUCCAUGCGGGCAGGUCAGGGAGGGCACGCGUACCUGAAAGAAUGGCUGUGGUGGGCUGGUUUGCUAUCAAUGGGGGCCGGGGAGGCUGCCAAUUUUGCUGCCUAUGCUUUUGCUCCUGCCACCCUCGUCACUCCGCUGGGAGCCCUCAGCGUGCUUGUCAGCGCGGUGCUGUCCUCAUACUUUCUGACGGAGCGGUUAAACCUGCACGGGAAGCUCGGCUGCCUGCUCAGCAUCUUGGGCUCCACCACCAUGGUGAUUCACGCCCCACAAGAAGAAGAGAUCAGCAGUCUGGAGCACAUGUCCCAAAAGCUGGUUGAUCCAGGGUUUUGCGUCUUCGCCACUGUGGUCAUCAUCGUAGCGCUCAUCUUCAUAUUUGUGGUGGGGCCUCGACACGGUCAGACCAACAUCCUUGUCUACAUCACCAUCUGCUCCGUGAUCGGAGCGCUGUCGGUGUCCUGUGUCAAGGGGCUGGGCAUCGCCAUCAAAGAAGCGCUAGCAGGGAAGAAUGUGGUGAGCAAUCCUCUGGCGUGGAUGCUGCUGCUGUCGCUGGUGGCGUGUGUGAGCACACAGAUCAACUACCUGAACAAAGCACUGGACAUUUUCAACACAUCGCUGGUCACUCCCAUCUACUACGUCUUCUUCACUACAUCGGUGCUCACCUGCUCCGCCAUCCUCUUCAAAGAGUGGGAGCACAUGGGCACGGACGACGUCAUCGGCACCCUGGCCGGGUUCCUCACCAUCAUCGUGGGCAUCUUCCUGCUCCACGCCUUCAAAGACGUUAGCAUCAGCUUAGCGACUCUUGCCGUCUCCAUUAGGAAGGAGGAGCGGCCGUUCCCGGCCACCAACGGCGCAACGUCCCUCGGCAGCUAUGAACUCCUGCACAAUGACGCCACUGUGGAUGUGGACGACCGAGAGGUGGGUUCACCUUUCGACAGCGUCUCCAGAAGAAAUGGAGCCAUGUCGUCCUCGUAGGGUCACUGGCAUAUCACUGUCUCCCACAGACUGAGUUAAGAUUUUAGAGGAGUGGUCUGCAGGUGUGAGACAAUCAGCUGGACAUGAGUGAACGCUGUGGACCACUGGAUUGUACUGACGUUUUAAUUUGCCUUACUGUUCUCUGGACAUGACCUGGUCAUGCUCAGUCACUGUUUGAAUUUCAUUCCUCUGUAGCUGUAAAUAUGUUUUUUAAAAAGAAACGUUUUGGUAAAUGUACGCAAGCUUUAAUGCACUAGUUUCCUUACAGCAAAAGGAUGAUAUAUAUUCUCUACGAGGUCUUGAAAGAACAGUCACUGCAAUCUGAUGUAUGUGGUUAUGUAACAACUAUUUUUGUUGAUAGUCACACUGACUUUUCAUUUCUUUGUGUACAUGAAAAGCUCUGAAGAUUGAACCAACAGAUUUUCUACAUAUUUAUGGCACAGUGAAUAAAUGAU